AUGAAUCAAAUUGACGGGAAAUCUGCUAGAGCACUGCUUCUCAUUUUAUCCACCUUCACAUAUCUAUUAUUCGGAGCAAUGGUGUUUGAUAAACUGGAAAGUGAGGAAGACACUCGGGUCAGAGAUGAAAUUGAACGUAUCACUGACAGGUUGAAGAACAAAUAUAAUUUUAGUGAACGGGAUAUGCACUUAUUCGAAGCCAUCGCAAUCAAGAGUAUACCUCAACAAGCUGGUUAUCAAUGGCAGUUUGCAGGGGCAUUCUAUUUUGCAACAGUGGUUAUUACAACUGUCGGAUACGGCCACUCCGCACCUUCUACCAGUGCAGGGAAACUAUUCUGCAUGGUGUUCGCACUUUUUGGUAUACCAAUGGGUUUGGUUAUGUUCCAGUCGAUUGGUGAGAGAGUGAACACAUUCAUUGCAUACAGUUUACAUAAAUUCCGCGAUAGCUUACACCAACAAGGAUUUACAUGUCUGCAAGAGGUCACACCAACACACCUGCUCAUGGUUUCUCUAUCAAUUGGUUUCAUGGUGAUAGUCUCUGGAACUUAUAUGUUUCAUACCAUAGAGAAAUGGUCCAUAUUUGAUGCAUACUACUUCUGUAUGAUAACUUUUUCAACAAUCGGAUUUGGAGAUCUGGUACCUUUACAACAAGCAGAUGCGCUUCAGGCUAAACCAUUAUACGUUUUUGCGACAAUCAUGUUUAUCCUGGUCGGACUUGCUGUAUUCUCUGCGUGUGUUAAUUUAUUGGUUUUAGGAUUCAUGGCAUCCAACGCCGAUGAGGUGACUGCAGCUAAUCGUGAACCACCGAGCGCAAUAGUUUUGGAGCGGUUUGCAAGAAAUUCCCUUGUGGAAUCCCAACUCUUCAACAUCCAAAAACAUAGUACGGUUGGUGUCCUACCAGGACGACCUAGGAGAAUGUAUUCAAUUGUCCCAAAUUCCGCUGGUGACGUACAUCUGCGACGGCGAUCUACAAGAAGAAGCAUUCAAGAUACAGUAUGCUGUGGUUGUUUUAAACCACGACCUCCUCGAUACAGGUUCUCAUUGACGAGACGACCGACAAAUAUUUCACAUUUGGUGGAUUUGGAAUUGUAUUAG